UGGAUGCUGUCUGGAGGCCUGUAGUAGCUUGGCUCUGAGUGGCAGCUGUCAAGUAUGUGCAGGGCUGUGUGGGCAAGAGAGAGGCAGGCAAAGACAAGCUGGGCAUUCUGCAGCUGAAGCCAGCGUGGCUUCCGACCAUUCUGGAUAAUGGACCAAGGCUUGGGACAGCCACACUCUUGCGUCGUUUUCACUGCGUCUCCACCCUGGCCGAAGCAUACUGGGAGGGUCUGGGAGGGGAACACUUAGUAGAGAAGGGUGUCAAGGCUGUGGCUCUCCGCAUAGCCCGGCCCCUCAGCAGCAGAGGCUGGUCAUCUUUCUGAGCAUCCAAGUUGUCUUUACAUACCUGUAGCUGUUUUUACUUUUCUGUUUUUGAAGUCAGUUUGUGUCUUGACGUGUCCCUUGCAAUAUCCCUAUCGUUAUAUAUGCUGUGUGCCUUAUGAAAUGCUGGGAUCUGGAAAAUCCAACCAACCAACCCACCGGCUCCUCACCGUCUCCACCUCUGCCUUUGACUGACACCUCAAUCUGUCAAUCGGAACCGCCUACCAUGCGAUUGGUCGGAUGGCGUUUCGGGGGGCGGUGCAUGCAGAGAAGCCAACAGAGCAGUAAGCGCAGCAGCCGGAGUGUGGAAGAUGACAAGGAGGGCCACCUGGUGUGCCGGAUCGGCGAUUGGCUCCAAGAGCGAUAUGAGAUUGUGGGGAACCUGGGCGAAGGCACCUUUGGCAAGGUGGUGGAGUGCUUGGACCAUGCCAGAGGGAAGUCUCAAGUUGCCCUGAAGAUCAUUCGCAACGUGGGCAAGUACCGGGAGGCUGCCCGACUAGAAAUCAAUGUUCUCAAAAAAAUCAAGGAAAAGGACAAAGAGAACAAGUUCUUGUGCGUCUUGAUGUCUGACUGGUUUAAUUUCCACGGUCACAUGUGCAUCGCCUUUGAGCUCCUGGGCAAGAACACCUUUGAGUUCCUGAAGGAGAAUAAUUUCCAGCCUUACCCCCUACCACAUGUCCGGCACAUGGCCUACCAGCUCUGCCACGCCCUUAGAUUUCUACAUGAGAACCAACUGACCCACACAGACUUGAAGCCAGAGAACAUCCUGUUUGUGAAUUCUGAGUUUGAAACGCUCUACAAUGAGCACAAGAGCUGUGAGGAGAAGUCAGUGAAGAACACCAGCAUCCGAGUUGCUGACUUCGGCAGUGCUACCUUUGACCAUGAGCAUCACACAACCAUUGUGGCCACUCGUCAUUACCGCCCACCUGAGGUGAUCCUUGAGCUGGGCUGGGCACAGCCCUGUGACGUCUGGAGCAUUGGCUGCAUUCUCUUCGAGUACUACCGGGGCUUCACACUUUUCCAGACCCACGAAAACCGAGAGCAUUUGGUGAUGAUGGAGAAGAUCUUAGGGCCCAUCCCAUCACACAUGAUCCACCGUACCAGGAAGCAGAAAUAUUUUUACAAAGGGGGCCUGGUUUGGGAUGAGAACAGCUCUGAUGGCCGGUAUGUGAAGGAGAACUGCAAACCUCUGAAGAGUUACAUGCUCCAAGACUCCCUGGAGCACGUGCAGCUGUUUGACCUGAUGAGGAGGAUGUUAGAGUUUGACCCUGCCCAGCGCAUCACACUGGCGGAGGCCCUGCUGCACCCCUUCUUUGCUGGCCUCACCCCUGAGGAGCGGUCCUUCCACACCAGCCACAACCCCAGCUUAUGACUGGCACAGGCCACUACAUGAGGAGAUGGAACUGGGCUGCCUGGCCCUCUUUCUCCAACUUCUAACCACCGGGCCCCAGGGCCAGAGCCACCCAAUGAACAGUGCAAUGUGAAGGAAGGCAGGUGCCUGCAAGGGCGGAGACAUGCCCAGCUGCCAGAAAGCACAGAUUUGACCCAAGCUAUUUAUAUGUUGUAAAGUUAUAAUAAAGUGUUUCUUACUGUUUGUAACCCCUGGUACCAGUGCGUCGUCUCCAGGCUCCUUGCCUUCUCCCUUCCCCAUCUUAUUAAUAAAGUCUUUCUUAGCAGUU